CACGCGGCCUGACACACCACAACAAGUGUCGUGCCCCGGCUUCGGUCGCUCGCGUGAGUAACGGACCUAACCGCUCCUCCGCACACCUGGCGCGCGCGGAGCCCGUCGCGCCGUGCACUCGCGCGACGCCGCUGCUGCACCGCUCGGCACGCCGCCGCUGCACGUCUAUAGUUGCCACAUUCUCCAGCUGACUCUGACAUCUUCCAGACAAAGUACCGUCGAGCUCGCGAGUGCCAAACUGUGUAGUGAGUGAUAUUAACACAGUGCAGUGAUCUAUUGUUAAUAGUUCAAGCUAAAGUUUAUAAUAUGUCGUGUUUUGGAGGUAGCGUGCUAAUUCCCGACUGAGGGCGGUGCAGUGAAGUUCAGUGUAGUGCAGUGAUGUAAGUUUAAAGCGAACAGUGCAGAGAGGAAGCCACCAUGCUGCCUACAAAUGUUAUGUCCUUUAUGAAAAAGAUGGUGGCGACGGAGGACACAGCAAACACGGUGCCGGGGCAGAUUGAGGCGCCCGGCACCUUCGGCAAGCUGCGGCAGACGCUCUCCUCCAGUCUACUCACGGCUCAGGACAGAGUUACAACCAAACUGGGCCCGAGGCAGGUCGAGCCCGUAGCGGAGCCGGCGCCUGCGCCGCCGCCCGCGCAACCACCGCCUGCGCCUGCGGUUAAAACUGAACGGGAAGCGGGCAAGGCGCCGUCGCGGGCGGGAGCGUGCCGCGUGUGCCUGAAGGCGCUGAAGCCGGGCGAGGUGUUCCACACGUGCAACGGCUGCCAGCACCGCGUGUGCGAGGACUGCUCCUCCUACUCCAAGCCGGCUGAGAACGAGGAGGCGAACUCAUGGCGGUGCUCCGUAUGUCGGCGUAAAGCUGCUCCACGGUUACCACCCGCAGCACAAGACAGCACGGACUCGCUACUAGACGUGCCAGUGCUGGAUUCCUUACAACGGCGACAUUCCGAAGCUCGACUGGGCGGUGGCACCUCAAGUACGGGCCUCGCGCCCCCACGCUCCCCUGAGCUACGCCGACACUCAGACGUCUCUCCGGCCUCGCUAAAAGAACUAGAAAAGUUAAAGGGCGGCGGCACAGCGACGCCAGCGAACGAGUCGCGGCGGCCCAGCACCGUGACGCCGGCGCGGCGACGGUCCAUGCGCGUGCCCGCCGCGCGCCAGCGCAGCGUCGACGACGACAAGCAGGACUCGCCGGCGCACGCGCCCGCUCUCGUCGCGCCGCCACCGAUGUCUAGGAGAGCAUCAGCAGUGGACGUGGUCGGCGGUACGGGAGCAGGAUCGCGUCGCGGCUCCUACCGUACUGAAGACACCUCCGAAUCCACGCCUUCGAUCGCUGGACUUGCCGUUGACGAAGAUCGACCCAUCAGACGCCGCGGCAGUCAGCUCCCAGACAUAGCUGCACUUCAACAAAGGACGGGGGCGCUAAGCGCAAUGGCUGCUCUAGCUCGCAGUGGGGACCCCUCGGAAGCGCCAGGCCCGUCGGCCGCAGCCGUGGCGGCGGCCGCUGCGGCCGCGCGGCAAAUGUCCGUCGAUGCGGAGGCGAUCAAGAUCGUCAUACACGACGUCGAUGACCGCUCGCCGAGGCGAGUCUCGCUGCGUCGCGACCCUAAUGACAAAAGAUCACGUGGUUUCGGCAUGCGAGUCGUGGGCGGCAAACCCGACGCCACCGGCCGCCGGGAGGCCGUCAUAGUGUGGAGUCCCGGUGGACCCGCCGACGUGGCCGGCUUACAACAGGGUGACAAGGUAUUGGAAUGGGGCGGCGUGCCGCUGACGGAGCGCAGUUUCGAAGAAGUGUGCUCCGUGCUGGAGCGCGGCGGCGACAACGUGGAGCUGCUGGUGGAGCCCGCGCCGCCGCAGGACGACGCCGCCACGCCGGCCGCGCACUCCACACAACACCACCAUGCACUUUAUGAACCGGAUACCGACAAAUCACCAUCGUCGCCGACCCGAAGGAAAUUGCCGAAAACCCCGGAGCAGGAGAGGGCCGAGCGCGCCCGCGAGCGGCCGGCGGCGCGCGCGCAGCUGCAGGUUUGGUUCGAGAGCGAGAUGCGCAAGCUGGUGGUGGUGCUCAUCGCGGCCGACGACCUGCCGCCGCGCGACCACACGCUCGGAUACGGCGACGAGCCUGAAGCAUUCGCCAGAAUACGGCUUUUGCCAUCGCUUGAGAGCUGCCCACCGGUUGAAACAGACCCCGCAUCCGCAUCAUGCAGUCCAGUUUGGAACGCUACUCUGGGUUUCGGCGGGCUGACGGCAGAUCUCCUGGCAGGUCGAGCGCUCGAGCUCACGCUGUGGGACGCCUGCCCUGGAAUCGAUCCAGUUCUUAUUGGAGAAUGCACUAUGGAUCUGGAAAAAGCGUUCGCGGAAGAACGCGCGGUGUGGUGGACGCUGGAGGAGCGCGGCGGCACGCGGUCCGCCAACGCCUCCCCGCGGGGCUCUCUCACAGAUGAUGUGGAUUCUAUCGGAGAAUGCGCGUCUUUGCUUCACCCCGACCACGCGUGGGUGGGCGGAUCCAGGCGAGGGUCAUCGCAGUCAGAAACCUUGGAAGUCGAGGUGUACCAGCUUGGGAAGGACUUCUCACGGUCUUUGCCGGGAUCGCGACGAUCAUCAUUCCAGCAGCAGGAGAAAGACGGCGCUGCAGGCACCGACAGCGGCGCCGGGCCGUCGCGGCGCAGCGAGCGGCGGCGCUCGUCGUGCGUCCGCCGUGACCCCGACGACAUCCUGCGCUCGCUGCGCGCCGUCAAGGGCGAGCUCGGCCGCACGCUGUCCCUCUCCGGGUCCACCGCCCGGCGCACGGCGACGGGGCGCAAGGGCAGCAUGUGGGCGGCGGUGCCGGCGGCGUGCGAGGCGCUGGCCGACGACGAGGACUCGGUGCCGCUGGGCCCGGGCCAGAUGCCGCCGAGGAACGCCUCGCUGCCGCCGCUGCACGCCGAGAUCAACAUCAGCAUGAUCAUGAUUAAAGGACAGCUGGAGCUUGAGAUUUCGCACGCACGACGAGUGUACGGCGUGAACGGCGAGGUCCCAGACUCAUACGUCAAGUGCUACCUGCGCGACGGCGACAAGUGGCUUCACAAACGCAAAACACGAGUCGUUCGGCGCACCACCGAGCCGCACUUCAAACAGACCCUCAAAUAUCAGGCAAACGAGGCCCUGGGGCGCACAUUGGUAGUGAUGCUGUGGCAACGUUGCGGUGGAUUCGAGCACAACCUCGCCCUCGGCGGAGCGGAGAUCACGCUCGACAAGCUCACGCUGCCGCAGCGCACGUACGGCUGGUACCCGCUGUUCCCCGCCACCUCGCUCGCGGCCGACGAGUCGCCCGACUGAUCCAGGGAGCCGUCGCCGGAGCGCCGCGACAACUAGCGCCUCCCCGACGGCUCACAAAAACUCGUGUUUGGCCAUCUUGCCACGUGACGGCGACCGGUGACAUACUUGGAACCGUAUCAGCUUAGACACAACGGUUCAUGUAAAUACCGCAUCAUAACAAAAUGCCAUAACUAUUAUUUUUAUUCUAUAAUCAUAAAUUCAACAGUCACGAGUAGAAGCUGAUGCGUUUCUCAAUGUAAUGUCACAAGCAAAGCUGAUUGUAGUCCUUGUCUACAUAUACACGGUGUAACAUAAAGUAUCCGAUCGAGGAGGAUUUUACCACAUACCUAUGUAGGUACAUAGGUAUGUGUUAAAAUCUUCAUCCUCGAUCAAUAGAUAUUGCUGAGUCCAAACAAAGAAGAAUAAUCAGUUUAAUCGGUUUAACACCUAAAUUACUCAUAAAUAUUUUUUAAAUGUCCUAAAAGCGUGUUGCACUAACAUGAAUAGACAUUGUUUUAAUUUGUAUAAACUCUGUAACGAGGAAUUUCAGAAAAGUUUAUAGGUACAUAUGUACCUAUGACAAUUACUUACAUAGUAGCCGAUUUCUUCAUAUUACACCGUGUAAAACAUUGUGAGGACAGGUAAUUGUGUAACGCCCAUUUCCACAAGUGCUGCCCUAUACAGACUCUAAUUCGUGUUAGUUAUUAAUAAUUCGCAAUGUAAAUAAUUUAAAUUGAUGUAAUAUUGUCUCAAUCAUGCUGUCAAUGGCGGCAAGCAUGUAAAGCUCUUAGUUAUGCGCGAACUCGUUCGUAUGAAGAAUGAAAGCAACAUGUAUUUGUUUCAUGUUUUUAACGAUUUAUUUACCGGCUUACUUAUAGAUACUUGGAUAAAUAAUCCGAUGACAUACGCCCGGUGAUUAAUGGAAACGGGAUAUAGUUGCUGCGCCCGUUGACUAAUGUGAACAGAGCUCACCCCAACAGCGACGUUGCCGUGGAAGUAGUAGUAAUAACAAAAGGAGCUUAUAGAGGAUUGCUUCUACAUUUAAAUUAUGCGUAAUGUUUGUAGCAAUUUUAUAUGUUACGUGUUUGUAUUGACAUUAUAGUCUUAUAUCGUAAACUUAUAGACAUUGCGUAAGUAGUUGAAUGUUAUACCUACUGUUUACCAGCCAACAAAAUAUUCUGUAGUAUGAAACGCUCUGGAAGCCAUUGUAACUGUAGAGAUGUUACAAAUAUAAGUAUACUCUAUUUUUAUUAGUAGGUACCUACAUAUCUACUGUUUCCAAUUUUCAACUGUUACUUUUUAACAGAUAAAUUAUUUUGUAAAAUGUAUUAUAUACCUAAAAUACAUAAUCAGACGAAAUUAAAAACUUAUCUUGGACAAAUAUUGAAUAAAAAAUCAUAAAUAAUAAAGCUGAAGCAGCAUCAUAUUGUACUUCCUAUUCAAUAAUAAAAUGACAUAUUUUACGUUCAUCAUAAACAAUAUAUGCUGUUUACUAGGAAAACUUUAGAUAAAGAAUUUCAUCUAGGUAUUUAGUACCGUAUAUAUCUUGUACAUAGCUCGUCUCUGAUAACCCCAACUUCGACACUUUGCCUUAUACGAUUAAUAAAUUUCUAACGUUACUCUAGUUGUUAAGCGCGUCUAGGUACUAUUCUUCCAAGGUUGUGCUUUAGUGAAUUUUCCCUAAUACAUUAUAUACCUCCAUUUUCUAAUCUACCUACUACAUUUUAAGAGCUUGGUCUCAUCCCAUCUAAUCAUAUACCCAAGCUGUAAAUACGUAGAAACCCAUCAAACCCAUGCAUGUUCAAUGUAAAUCUUUUAUCAAAAUUGUCUACGCACAACUAACUACUUUCGUGAUAACAUAUUACUCGUAGGUACUUAAAUGCCAUUAAGUAACUUCCAGUCGAAUAAAUCCCAAGAUAAAGAAUAGGGUUAACUGUUUGUGCGCACUAACUACAUUUAAAUUAGGACAAGCAACAAGAAGGUAUAGAGAAAAAUGCUAGAAACAUAAUUUUUGACUGCGUAACUUUGUUUGAGCAGUAGGUAACUGUGAAACACUUAAUAAUACGACUCCCAAACUUUAUCCUCCCCAGCUCGCAGACGUUUCAUAUAUUUAUCUCCUAACUAGUCCAAACAAAAUAAGAUAGUCAAGCAUUUUAUGAGGAGGAAGAUAUUAAAGACUCGUGGAGAAAAAUAAUUCCAACAAUCAUUGCUGUGGCGCACAGUUCAUUAAUUCAAGCUCGUAGAUCUUCCGAUGUUUUCACCUACCGAAUCAUAUAGAUCAGACUAUAUUUGUAAAAAAAAAAUAACUAUCAUUCAAAGUGCAUAUCUACGAAAGUAAAUUCAUAUUAUAAUGUAAAAUGUCUUGUCAAAAUCUGUGUUCUUCCAGUGCUUAGUGGCUCGCUGACAAUAUAUCGAAUACUACGAUCGUUCCGGUCGCACGUAAUCUAAUAAGGGUAUCUCUAGCUUAGCGUGCCCCAUUCUAGACUACUAUAGUCUACGUUUUGCCUACACAAAUUAGAUACUAUUAUUACACAUUACUGUAGUUAUUAUUUUAUCACGGUUGUACAUUUUCUAAGAGAGAGAAAUAUUGAAUAGCUAAAACGAUCAUUUACUAGAUUAGAUGUAACUAAAAUAAUAUUUCUAAAUAUAUCUUAUACGUAGCAACAAGUCUGAAUCAAGAGGCCAGAUUUAUCAGACGUUUAACUAUUUGUGAAAUUUCUCAUUUUUAACAAUAAAAUAUCAUUAUUAAAACAAAAUACAUUAUAACAUGUAAUACAUGACGUGUCGAUGCAUAAUAAAUUUCUUAAGUCCUCGCAGAAAGUUAUCUACCUAAUCGAAUACGAUUUGAAAUUUUAAGGACUUGAGAAUUAAACGUUUAUACCUACGCGACGACUCAUACAAUUACCAUUACUAAAAAGUACUAAAUCAAGUUAUAUAUUAUCUCCGUUUUUUGUCAAACUUUAGGAUACAUAAUAAAUAAGUACUUUUCAUUCUGACUCAUCACUCAUCAACUAAACCUUUGUCAACUAUUUUUAUGUUUAUACUUUGUUUUGUAAA